AUGUCACAGCUAUGUUUCUUCGGCUUAGAAAUCAAAAGCGGAAUGAAAUAUAUAACAACAUUAGAAGAUGAUUUGAAGCUUACUCGUGCUGUUAUUAACCCCGAUGCUAAUGAAUCCUCACUUGCUAGAUUAUUUUUCAAAUUAGGUAACAGAGAAGUUCCAUUAUGUCAGCUAAAUUCAGUUGAAACUUCAGCAGAUUUAAAUAUUUUAAUAUUAACAAAGACAGAAGUUGGUUUCCGCGUUGCUGGUUCAACAUCUAUUUUCAUUUCAGGAUAUUAUGUUCCUAAAGAAGAAAGUUCUUCGAAUCCUACAAUAUCUCCAUCUAGUUUUGCCCUUGGUUACAACUAA